UCUAAAUAACCUUACAACGGAUAGAAAAAUUGCAUUUGGAUCGAGCACGCGCUAAUUUUAAAAACACAACAACAGAGCACAGACCGGUAUUGUGACGUCACUCACAUGUCUUAAUGUACGAGCUCAAAGUAACGGAUUUACUUGCAAAAGCUGCCGCCAUUUAACAAUGCGGUGACGUCACAUGCACUCCUUUUCGUGAUCACUCAAAGUAACGGAGCACAACUUCAUUUCAUUAAACAGUGAACUUACAGAGUCGUUGUUAACAGCGGCCUUCAUCACUUUUGAAGGACAAACCGCGCUUCAAUAAAUCGAUGUCUAAAGAACGUUUCUAUAGUUACCAACUGGUCAAAUUGGCAGGGCCAAACGUAGUAAAACUGUUUUGUAUUUUCAUUUUUAAGUUUACAUAGAGCCGUAAUAUGGGAAUGCUGCACAAUUUAACGGGCUUGAUUAAAGUCAAAAGGGAUAAAAUGACGAUACUCGUUUUAGGCUUAAAUAACAGCGGCAAAUCGACGAUAAUAAAUCAUUUCAAGAAAUCCAAUGAACAGUCAGCUAUAAUGGUGCCAACAGUGGGUUUCCUAAUAGAGCAGUUCUACAGUAAGUACUUUGUAAAUAAUAAAUAUAAUACUAAUAAUUCUUAUUUUUCAGAUAUGGGUGUAUGCAUCAAGGCAAUAGAUAUGUCGGGGGCUACGCGUUACAGAAAUUUAUGGGAGCAUCAGUUCAAAAAUUGUCAAGGAAUUAUCUAUGUAAUUGACUCAAGCGACAGAAUGAGAUUCGUGGUGGUCAAAGACGAAUUAGAUCUGGUGCUGCAACAUCCCGAUCUCUCCAAUCGAAUACUACCCAUACUCUUCUAUGGCAACAAAUCGGAUCUGGAGGAUUCCCUAUCUAAUGUUAAAAUUGCAGCGGCACUGGGCUUGGAAAACAUUAAGGAAAAGCCUUGGCACAUUUGUUCCAGCAACGCAGUUUCCGGAGAAGGCCUCGACGAGGGCAUACAAUGGCUGGUUCAACAAAUCCGUUUCGCAUUAUUAAGCAAUAGAAAAGGUAGCAAAUUGAAGAUGGUCUCAAAGGACAUUAAGUAACCACGUACUCAAAUCCAUUUAGACCUUCUUUGUUUCCCCAAUAACGUAGUCUAGUUUCGUAUAUGAACGAACAUAUAUAUGUAUAUAUACUUAAGUUUCUCAGAACUUUAGUUUUAGCUUUGAAAAUAGAAUAAAAAUAACUUGGUU